AUGGAUGAACCAGCUCGGGCCUCCCCUUCGUUACUAUCAUCUGUUUUUGAUGAUGGAAGUGGCAACAACAAUAACUCGGAGAAGCAAAAGGCAUCACCUUGGCUCGAGAAACGUCGUUCCAUGUCGUUUCUCCAUCGAAAUAUCAUCAAUGCCGAAUCUUCGCCGAGUCAGCCUGUAUCACCCUUUCUCCAGAUUGGCCUAGAGAAUAACAGCUCCUCUUCGGUUAAUCGUCCGGGGAGAUUUUCCUCUCCUCCAACUAGCCCCACUUUUCGAAGAGGAUCUUUAAUUUCAAAAUCAUUGUUUGAGGGGCUUCCUGGAUUUAAACGAUCUUCUCAAGAACAAUUUGAAUACAUUCCUCAAAAAGACGAAAAACCAAGCGCUAUAAAAAAGAGUGUUAGCUCAUCGAAAGAAAUCGAGGAAAAAUCCUUAAAUCCAUCAAAAUCAUACAAAUUCUUUGAGGAAAUAAUUUUGAAUCCUAAAUCGUCUGGAAAUAGAUCCAGAAGAAAAUCUACAAUUUAUCAAAUAACUACCGAUUCUAAAAACCACAAUUUGGAUGAAUCUCCUUAUGAAAAAUUUCAACGAUUGAAACAUGAAGUGGAAACAUUUGUUUCAGAAAUGGAAAAUCUGGCAUCUUCAAAUAAGAAAUUACAUUCUGAAAGUACUUCAUAUUAUCGGGACAUGCUGAAGCAAUCUCAGCAACUUGAACAACAAUUAAAUGACCUUAAAGAAAGAAAUCACAUUUUACCGGAAGUGCUGUCAAUUGAUGAGAAGGAACCGAGUGCAUCGCAGGUUCUUUUAUCUGCUGAAACCGUUCACCAAGAGCUUGGAAUAUUGUUUGAGAACCAACAAAAUGAAAGACCUUACACUUCUAAUAGUUUAAAUGCUUUGACCAAAUCCUCUGAAGAACAGGAUCGAGAGGAUAUGAGCAAAAUUUUGAAGCUUGAAAAACGAUUAGCAUUGCUAGAAAAACUGGUGGGAAAUGGAGACGAGCCACUCCCUGUUGAUUCGACCAAAAUCAGCUACAGCAUUGAGGGUGCCCUAUCAUCUCUUGAAAAAAAGCUUAACAUGUUGGAUCCAUUCUUCUUGCAAUCUUUAGAAUCGAGAGUGAAAUUUAUUUCAAAAGAAUUGGACUCUAUUUCUUCUUCUGAAAACCUGGGAAUAGGCUUCAACUCUGAAAAAGUCGACAGGUUAUAUCAAAAAGUACGAAAAUGGGAUGAGCUGGCAAUGCAGGUGCCAAUGAUUGUAUCUCGUUUGCAAACUCUAAAAAUUGUACAUGAUGAAGCCAUUUACUUUGCAGGCACUGUAACAAAGUUAAAAGAGCAACAAGAGGAGUUAAUGGAGCUAUUACAUGGAAAUGCGGAUGUUUUGGAAAAUUUCAACCAAAAUUUUAGUGAAAAUCUCGCUAUCAUUAAUAAUAACAUGAAAUCUCUUCAGGAGAGAAUUAGAAACUUGGAAAAGAAAUAG